CCGGAGAGCCUCUGCCAGGGCUCGCCAAGACCCGUCUCUUCAAGGACCUGCACCAAAAUAUUACAAUACUACGAGUAAUUGUAUUGACACUCAUAGCAUUGGAUUACAGUGAAACUGUAGCAGAUUGGAGCUCUUCACUGAGAAUCGAAAUUAGGACAGCCGAUGCUAGAUGAGACACAGAUUCCCCUAAUUGGAUUUUACGUCGAGGGAAAUCUGAAAUCAUGAGCCAGAUGAGUCCUGCUUCAGAGGGGAACUCUUCCCUCUCAGCGCUGUGUCCCAAACUCACCCGAGUGAGCUUCCUCCAUCCAGGAGCGGGGCCGUUCGGCAGCACCAGGACUGCAGGGAUCCGACCUGCGCUGGGUCCGAAGCCUCUUGUCCUCCCCCCGCCUCCUGCAGUGCCUGUGGUGAGCCUCAGCAAGCCUUGGGCGCCGCACACCAGCUGGGUGCACAGCGCCAAACAGAAAGAGGAAGCCUGCGCUCGAAGCAGAGCGAGCGAGAGCGGGAGGUCCUUUCUGUGCGCGGUUGCUGAGCGCUCCUCCAAGCUGUACGGGGACCGAAACACACCUGUCCUGCAGCCCAGCUCCUCCAGUGACACACCUGGCGCCGGUGUGAUGUCAUGUCCUGUCCAGGACAUACCUGACGUGGGUAUGACGUCACUUCCUUCCCAGGACGGCGCUGAGAGUUCGCCAGUGCUGGCAGAAACACAGAUCAUCAUGGUGCCGUCGGCCAGACUCAGACCUGCUGUUCCUGUCAAGGGAGAAGCGUUUGAUCGUGUCGGCGGCUCCUCUGCACACGCACAGAGUGUUGCCAAAGCCAAGUACCAGUUUCUCUUUGGAAACACAGAAGACACAAGCUCAUCAGAUUGCGUGACCUCUCCAACCCAAGCGAACCAGGAAAGCGGCUCAGGUCUUGAGGACGAUGACAUUGACGAGACGUCCCUCUUCCAGGAGAUUGACCGUGAGCUGUCGAAGCUGUUGAAUGGCCUGAGCGCUCGCAGUCAUGAUGCCUCGGCCCAACUGGAAUCGACGCCCGCCUCACCCAUGAUCCCCUGCAGCGGACACAACCCAAGCCCGACGCCAGCCCUGGACAUGGCCAAGAACGGCCCGUCUGAGCUUGUGGGAGACUCUCUGCUGUUCAACUCGUGGUGUGAGGCGCUCAUCAAGGACCCCAGCUCCGUCAUGGCGGCCGCCAGCGAAAUGGGCUGCUUCACCCGGGACCCCAGGCCUGCAGCGCCCAGCCAGAAUAACUCCGACGCCAGCCCGACUCCAGCUGCGGAAAACACUGGGAAGGAGACGGAGGGCAAGAGGGCAGGAGCAGAAGAACUCGUGGACGAGUCUCUAGAGGAGUCCAACAAAAUCCUGGCCGAGAUACCGGGCAUCUUCAGCGGCUUUCUGGAAGGGGGCAAACUGCGGGACAAGCCGCCGAAGAAGCUGCGGUUUGUGGAGAGCAGGGCAGAGAGUGUAUCGAACGGAGACAUGCAGAACUGCAGUGUGAAAGAGGAACCAAAUCUGGACACGCAGAUCUCAGAUGCCACAGGAGCGGCUCAGGGGCUAGAGCUCGAACACAGACCCGGCCACACACACACAGGAGACAACGCCUCUGACAGGAGUCCUGAAGGUGAGAGUGACUCCACAGAUGUAUUCAGCUGCCGGUUCGAGAGCAUCCUGGAGUCUGAGCGUCUGCGGGCGACUCUCUACAGCAGCAUGGACUCGCUGGACCCUCAAGCUGAACCUGAACCCCAGUCCCAAACCGCCCCGGAGCCCUCCUUCUCCCUGGACAUCCCCCUUACGCCCAUGAUCCAGCAGCGGCUGAAGGACAGAAGCCUCUUCCUGGCCCCCCCGGACCCGAGCUCGGACACUGAGGUGCUGAGCGUCUCGAAGCCGAGCGGGGGGGCGGCGCUUGAGCUCACCUCGUCCUUCCUCUCCACAGCGAACGGUGGAAACCACAGAGACUGGCUGACGGGCUGUUUAAGCAGCGAUGCAGGGCUGAAGGACGUGCUGUCGGACUGGGACUCAGACAUGGACGCUGUGGACUGUCUCAAGGACUCAGAUGUUCUCCACAAUGGCAGCCGGAGUGACCAUGAAGCGGCGCGGCGUCUGGCCCGACGGCUCUACCACCUUGAGGGCUUCCGGCGCUCCGAUGUGGCCAAACACCUGGGCAAGAAUAAUGACUUCAGCAAGAUGGUUGCAGAAGAGUACCUCAGAUUUUUUGAGUUUACAGACCAGACAUUGGACCAAUCGCUCAGAUGUUUUCUGAAAGCAUUCUCACUAAUGGGCGAGACUCAGGAGAGGGAGCGGGUGUUGAUUCAUUUCUCUAAUCGGUAUUACCAGUGUAACCCCACCGUCAUCACUGCACAAGAUGGAGUUCAUUGCCUUACCUGUGCGCUAAUGCUGCUCAACACUGACCUCCAUGGCCAUAAUAUUGGGAAGAAGAUGACAUGCCAGGAAUUCAUCAAUAACCUGGAAGGACUCAACGAAGGACAAGAUUUCCCCCGGGAGCUGCUGAAGGUGUUGUAUAACUCCAUCAAGAAUGAGAAGCUGGAAUGGGCCGUUGAUGGAGAUGAGCUGAAGAAGUCUCUGUCCGAGCUGGCCGAUAAGAACCACCACUCUCACACUAAGAGCAUCAGUCGCAUCAGCAGCGGCAGUAACCCGUUCCUGGACAUCGCACAUGACCCCAACGCUGCCGUCUACAGAACCGGCUUCUUGACACGCAAAAUACACGCCGACAUGGACGGCAAGAAAACACCAAGAGGAAAGCGAGGCUGGAAGACCUUUUAUGCUGUUCUCAAAGGCAUGAUCCUCUAUUUGCAGAAGGACGAGUAUAAGCCAGAGAAGGCCCUGUCGGAGGACGAUCUGAAGAACGCCAUCAGUGUGCAUCAUGCUCUUGCCAUCAAGGCCAUGGACUACGAGAAGAAGCCCAAUGUGCUGAAGCUCAAGACGGCUGACUGGAGAGUGUUCCUCUUCCAGGCCCAGAGCCCUGAGGAAAUGGAGGCCUGGAUUGGGAUAAUAAACUCAGUGGCGGCCAUGUUUUCGGCCCCGUCAUUCCCCGCUGCCAUUGGCUCUCAGAAGAAGUUCAGCCGCCCGCUGCUGCCGGCCACCACCACACGCAUGUCUCAGGAAGAGCAGCUCAAGUCGCACGAGGCCAAGCUGAAGCACGUCUCCACAGAGUUAGCCGAGCACAGAUCCUACCCGCCUGAUAAGAAGGUCAAAGCCAAAGAGAUUGACGAGUACCGCUUGAAGGAGCACUACCUGGAGUUUGAGGAGAACCGUUACGAGAUGUACGUGAAGCUCCUGAAGGAGGGUGUGAAGGAGGUCCUGACGGCCCGGGACGGGGACCCAGCACUGAAGAAGUCUCAGUCCAGCCCUUCUCUCAACCAGGAGUCCCAGCCGGCCAGCGCCAAGGUCAAGCGCAACACGUCCGAGCGCAAGGACUACCGACCCGAGACGCCCAAGCUCACAUAGGCGGCAUUCUGCUUCCUCACGGAGAGCCGCUGUAUAUCACGCGUGACUGUAUUUUGAUGUAAUUUAUUUACCUGCCGACAGUUGUAUCAGGUAACAUUUGUGUAAAAUGUAAAUUGAUCAAUUGAUUGGAAGUUGUAAAUCUCCAGGUCUCCCUUGACCAGCUGGUGCUUGUGGAGCAAAAUAGUGUGCUUUUCUUUUAAUUUGUAAGCGUGUAAAGAUUUCAUGGUUGCAUUUUAUUUUACAGUACGAGUGCGAACUAGUAUUAGGUAACUACAUGGGUUAAGGAUAGUUUCAGGGUUAGCAUCUAGUUAUUACCCAGUUACUAUAGUAAGUGCAUGCAGAACGGGACUGUAAAGUAAAGUGCUACCGGUGUCGUUCAGAGAACGCGACUCUCUUGAUUGUGCUGUCCUCUAAUUUGCUUUUCUUUCAAGAGAAGUAUUUUCUUCAAGUUAAGCGUCCACACACAUACAUAUGUUAGGCAGUAAAUAUAGUCUCGCUCGGAGCGUUAGCUGUUAUUUUAAUAAACAAACAAGUGGCGGCCGGAUGUAAAGCGAGAAGAGUUUCAGGAUUUGGGCGCAUGGUUACGAAACAGAAGCCUCCCGCUGUCGUCGCUGAUGUAGUCCGCUACCGAUGUACUAACCACCUACUAACCAGCCACCGAACUCUCAAUGUAAUAUCUGCUCACACUUAUCGUUAAUGGAUUGUACCAGCAUGUCGCAGCAAUGGACCGAAACUCUACAUAGAUUAUUUUCUAAGGAUGAUUUGGAGGUACUUGCUGAGUUGCGGAGUCUCAGACUGCGAGAUGUCGUCAGUGGUGACGUCAUCAACUGUGCAGUUUGUGCCAUUUAUUUUUUUAUCUGUUUGUUGAAGUAAAGAGUAUACUUCUGCUUUUUCAGUAGUGUAAAUGCCAAUGCUCCUUUUGUGUAUUUUAUAAUCUUAUAUAUUUGAAUUUUUAAUUCUCAGUUGAGAGCAUUAUUGUUGUAAAGAUGACAGUAGUAUUUAUAGUGCACUUUAUUAGUUCUUUCGACUCUUUUAGAGAGCUUUAUAAAGGGUAGUGAUAUGUUACUUCAUUAUAUCGCAGGUUUUUCAAGCAUAACCAAAUCGCUGGUUGAUUUUAUUGAAGGUACACAGCCGAAGGUACAUUUUUCACUCGUGUAAAGUUGUGUGAGUGUUUGUGUGUGCUUGUGUGUUUUGGCUGUCAUGUUUAGGUUGUUCAAAGACAGAAGAAUUUAGGUUGGAAACUGUUGCUUUCCGUGAUGCUGACCUUGAAUUUACGAUGUCAUUUUCAUUACAGACAGAACUGACGUGAACACUAUAUGAACGCGUUUAUUACACACCAACAACGAUCGUCAAUGCCGGAUCUAUUUACUUAUUUGAACUUUUAAGGGUUUGAAAGGAAUCUACAUGAAAAGCUAUUCACAUUACAGAUAUUAGUCCCUGCCGUCUAUAAUGUUUACUUGAAAUAUUUUUAAGGACACUUUAUUUUUUUGUUAGAAUUUUGACAAAUUGAAAGGAUUCGUUCAUACCUGCUUUGUGUUUUUGUCAUUACUAGCUCUUUCAACAGACUUUAUAUUGUUGCGCGCAGAGAGGCACUUAGACAAUGUUUGUUUUUAUUUAUUUGUUGCUGUUUAGAACAAAAAAAAAUGCAAUUACUUUUGAGCAGUAUAUAUACACUUAGUAAUGAAUACUACAGAGCUGUCAUCAGUAUGAAUGGUGAUUAUAUAUGAAGAGAUGGACUCUUCCUUUCAUGUGUUGCUCUGUGUUAUGUUGGUUGGUGUUCACCGCUUCUCCAGACCAAACAGUUUUCUGUGAGCUGUAACUCUGGCACUAACCCUUUACCAGUGCACGUCGUUCACAGAUUUAGUCCUUUUAAAUAGUUUGUUAAAAUUUUACAUAGGAUGAGGAGAACAAUAAAAGAAAAAGUGUUACAUAAAGAUGGUGGCAUGCAAGCGCACUGAACAAUAACAACGCAAAUGAAAAACCUUUCUUUUUUAUGACAAUAUUUUGACUGGAAUACUCCUUGGGUGCAAAUGCUCAUGUUUACCAUGAUGUUUAUUUUUCCAGGGAUGUCAUCUUUGUCCGUUUAAUCUCUAUCAAACCCUGUAAUGUAAGAUCUCCUCUCAAAAUGCAAUUGUGUGAGUAUUGAAGGAGAGCUGCUGGUUUUUAAUGCGCCUUAAACAUCAGUUGGGCCGAUUGGUGUCCAAACUCAGAUCGAGUGAAUACCUUUUUUAGCUGUGAUCCUGUACCACUCCUUUCAUUCUGUAAAUGUUGUUAAAUAUGCCUGUUGCCCUGUGUUCAGAAGACUGGAUGUGUUGGUUGUGGUCUCGGCAUGCGUGUCUUACGCCUGCCCACUAAGAUCAGGGACACAAUGUUGGCUUCAGUGAAUAAAAUACCGUAUUUAAUCGUU